AUGACGGGCCUAAGUCCGUUCGCCGGAAGGAUCAUUUGGGCACUGAAGCUCAAAGGCGUGGAGUUCGAGUCGGUGGAAGAAGAUCUGACCAACAAGAGCGAUUUGCUUCUCCAAAGCAAUCCCGUUCACCAGAAAAUCCCAGUCCUCAUCCAUAAUGGGAAGCCCGUGUCGGAAUCGCUUGUCAUCAUGGAGUACAUCGACGAGGUGUGGAACCAAACUUGUCCUUUGCUGCCGGCCGACCCUCACCAGAGAGCUCUAACUCGAUUCUGGGCUAAAUUUGUUGAUGAAAAGGUAACUUCUAUUGAACUUAAUUUUGUGUUGUUGAAGGCUUUUGCAUCAAUGUGGAGUGCCCUACAAAUGAGAGGCAAAGAAGGAGGCGAGGCUGCCCUUGAAGAAGCUCAUGAGAACUUGAGGAUCCUUGAGAAGGAGCUGGAAGGGAAGAAGUUCUUCGGUGGGGAGAGCAUUGGACUUGUGGAUGUAACAUUUGGGUCCUUCGCAAAACUUUUAGAUGUGUUGGAUGAAGUGAUGGGCAGUGACAAGAAGAUGAUUGAUGAGGACAAGUUCCCACUGAUGGGUAAAUGGAAGGAACAACUGUCUGAGCUUGCUGUUGUUAAGAGUUGUCUGCCGCCGGCUGACAAAUUGGCUGCGGCUGUCCAAGCCCGACGCAAUGAAUCAGCUGCUGCCUAG